UUCCAAAAUAUUCAACUCUCUCUUAUCUGUUAAGUUGGAAACAAAAGCUCUAGUCCACUAUCGGUGCCGGAGAAGGUGGCCAAGCUCUGCAGUGCGUCGGCUCAUCGUCGGAAGCUUGAGGUGUGGAAAAUGGGGAGCAAAUUGCAAUAGAGGUAGUACCGGAGGAAGAAAUUGUAGCAUCAUUGCAAUUCACUGCAAUUACGAACAACCCGAGACGAUUCCCUUUUGCCUUCCAGGCCAAAAAGAGAGGCAACAUUUCUUCCAUGAAUUCUCUUUUCUUACAUUCUUCUCUUGGUCCACCACUUGCUUGCAAGCCCCUGCCAUGUCCUCUUAAGAAUCCUAUACAUAUGCGUGCACUACUUGGCUUUCGAUGCAGUACUAGGAUAUUUUCUCGUUCGGCAUUAUUUCCUGUCAAAUUAUGUCCAUCCUUACAUAUUAGCAGAUCAAUCACCUGUUCUUCAACUCCUUCAAAUGAGGGUGUGGUAUCAGUGAUCAAUUUUGAAGAUUUAGUUGAGAAGGACUUUUCGUUUCUCGAUUCAGACGAUUUUGGUUCUAUAGAAGAGCAUGAUGAAAAGAUUAGGCGCAUCAUUUCUGCUGGAGAAAUUGCAGAAAGUUCUCAGGUUAUGGUUGCCAUUUCUUCAGAAGGAUUUGUUGAUCGGUUGUAUGACUCAGCUCCUUGCCGAAGUUUACUUGUUGUCCAUGAUGCUAUUCUACCAUUAGCUUGUAUUAAAGAAAAAUAUGACAAAGUUAAGUGCUGGCAAGGAGAAGUUAUAUAUGUGCCAGAAAAAUGGGGACCUUUCGACGUUGUAUUUCUCUAUUAUCUGCCAGCAAUGCCUUUUGAACUCGACGCGAUCUUUGGCGCACUCACACAACGUUGUUUGCCAGGGGGAAGACUAGUUAUUAGCCAUCCCGGUGGAAGGAAAGUGUUACAGCAAGAACAGCAACAGUUCUCAGAUGUCGUAGUUUCGGAUUUACCUGAUAGGACUACUUUGCAGAAAGUUGCUGCUGAUCACUCUUUUGGCCUGACUGAAUUUGUAGAUGAGGAUGGCUUUUAUCUUGCAGUUUUGAAGUUCAACAAGGAUUGAUCACGAGUCUGAAUAUUUCAUCAGAGGCCAGCAGUUCAAUAUCUAAGUCCUGCUGCAAAAUCUUACCAAAUUUGGAUAAACCAAAUGUUGAUGUUUUUGUCAUUGAUCAUUGAGUAUCAUUUCCAGGUGGUAGUGCGAAGGAUCAAGUUUGAUAUUCUCUGAUCCUUGUUGGUUGCUUAAAUUCCAUCCAACAAGACUGUUACAGUUCUUGCUAUUUUAUGAAAUCCUGAAUCAGAUAAAGUUCCUAA